AUGAAGUUUUCCCACGCUCUCCUUGGGGCUGGCCUCUUGGGCAGUGCUCUGGCUGAUAUUGACCCUAUCAUCAUCAAGGGGUCCAAGUUCUUCUACUCCAGCAACAACACUCAAUUCUACAUUCGUGGUAUUGCCUACCAACAGGACUACUCGAGCAAUGGUACCACUGAUGGCAGCAACACUUAUAUCGACCCCUUGUCGGACGCCACUCUGUGCAAGCGUGACAUUCCCGUCUUCCAGGAGCUAAACACCAACACCAUCCGUGUUUACGCCAUCGAUCCCACCGCCAACCACACGGAGUGCAUGCAGAUGUUGGCCGAUGCUGGCAUCUAUGUCAUCUCCGAUCUCUCUGACCCGUCGGAGGCGAUUGACCGCAGUGAUCCCUCCUGGGAGACCACGCUCUACAGCCGCUACACCAGCGUGAUUGACGCCCUGGCACCGUACAACAACACCCUCGGCUUCUUUGCCGGCAAUGAAGUUUCUAACACCGUCGGUACCACCGAUGCGAGUGCCUUCGUCAAGGCAGCGGUACGGGACAUGAAGGCGUACAUUAAAGAGAAGGGAUACCGCUCGAUGGGAGUCGGCUACGCGACCAACGAUGACUCCACCAUCCGCGUCAACAUGGCCAACUACUUCGACUGCGAGUCAAGUGACGAGUCUAUCGACUUCUGGGGAUACAACAUCUACUCCUGGUGCGGUGACUCUUCCUACAGCGAGUCCGGGUACAGCGUUCGCACGGAAGAGUUCCGCAACUACUCCGUGCCUGUCUUCUUCGCCGAGUAUGGUUGCAACGAGGUCACUCCCCGCACGUUCACCGAAAUCGAGACCUUGUUCGGAGACAAGAUGAACGAUGUCUGGUCUGGUGGUAUCGUGUACAUGUAUUUCCAGGAGGACAACAACUAUGGUCUCGUCUCCGCCGUCGACAGCACCAGUGUCAGCACCAUGGCCGACUUCAAGUACUACUCUAGCCAGAUCAACAACAACGCCAACCCAUCCGGCACCAAUAAGGCCUCCUACACCCCACCAACACGGCCCUGCAAAGCUUGGCUCGCCAGCGCCAGUCCCCUCCCUCCAACCCCCAACGAGCAGCUCUGCACCUGCAUGAGCAACGCCGCCUCCUGUGUCGUCAAGGACUCCGUCAGCAGCGACGACUACAGCGACCUUUUCAGUCUUAUCUGCGGCUACACCGACUGCACCGGCAUUGCUCGCAACGCUACCACAGGCAGCUACGGCGCCUACGGCAUGUGCACCCCCAAGCAGCAGCUCAACUUCCUCCUCAACAAGUACUACUCCGAGCAGAGCUCUGCGUCCUCCGCGUGCAGUUUUGGUGGCUCGGCCACUGUCACCUCCGCUACCAAGGCGACUGGUGCCUGCAGCUCUCUCAUGAAGGAGGCCGGCACCGCGGGUACUGGCACCGUCACUUCCAAGCCUACCGGCACCGCUGACUCGUCCGGCUCGUCUGCUUCUUCGACUAGCUCGUCUGGUGCGGCUGUUGCUCUUACGCGCGGCACUGCAGUGACUGUUGGCUUCUUGGAGAUUGGUGUGUACGCCAUCACUGCGCUUCUGACUGCAGCCGGCAUGGUCAUGCUAUAA